AUGCCUCGCCCAGAGAGAAAGUUGUACACGAAAAAUAAGUCAAAAUAUGAUGAAGAGGAUAUUGAAGAAAUAUCGAGAAUUCAAAAAUUUAUAAACGAUAACGUGGAAAAUAGGAAAAAGAAUGCCGAGGACCCGAUGAUGGUCGACUCAGGACCUUCUAACACCUCUCCUAAAAACGUAGCAUAUAUUUAUCCGUAUGAGUUUUGGAGCUUGGAUCCGAUCUCACAAAGCAAUGUGAAGCUAUUUAAUAAAGACUACAAUAAUCUAAAAGUAAUUCAGUAUAGAGUUGAUGAUGGGUCCGCGACAAUUCAGUGCACAGCGUUCUUUGAGAAGUUGAACGAUCGGGACGAAUGGAUUAAAAAGAUGUCGAUCGUACAUGGAACAUUGGUUAAAAUAAUUGGGAAGAUUGAUGAUCCUAAUAUGGAAUUGCUCAGGUGGACGGAAAUAAUAAAAUUGAAAGAAGAAUAUUACAGCAAACCGUUUGUGAUUCCUGAAGAUAUGCUUGUUGGUAAAACGAUUCGAGGGCAUCAGACUAACGAAAAUGCGGUCGAUAGUUCAAACGUUAAAUCGUCAUCGUCACGACUAAGCUUUUCUAGAUCACAUUCCAACAAAGUGACCUAUCUAAGUACAACUUCGCAGCAUGACAUAUCCCUGAAUGAAAGUUUUGCACCUCUGCGUUCACCUUCGUCAUUACAAAAAGAUCAAUUAUCUGAUUCUGAAGAGAAGUCGGCGGAAUCAGAUUUUGUUGUGACUGAUAACGCUGUUCAGUCUGAUGAAGAUGCAUUAUUUUCAACUAGUAUGCAUGAAGAUUUGUCUAGACCUCUCACACCCGUGAAUGGCUUCUCUGUGCUUGAAGAUUUUUUAUUCCUUCCAAACAUAUUCAAAAGACUCACUGAUAACGAAACAAUUGACUUCUCUAAGCUAAAUUUAUCGCAGAUUACGGAAGAUGUAUUCAUAAAUAUUAUAGUGAGAUAUAUUUAUGAAAAGCAAUUGUUGGAUUUUGAAUUUUCCCUGAUCAGACAAGCCUCGGUAUUAAUCGAGUAUGCUACUUUGGUGCUGAGAAACCAGCACGAUUGUAAUGAACCAACGCCAGAACAACUGACUGACUUAUUUACACAGUCGUUGCUAACAUUAGUAAAUGAAGAGUUUCUACUAUAUACUGAUGAAAAACGAAUAACGUAUAAAAUCAGGGAUGAGUUCAUAUAUUGA